AUGUUGGCUGGGUAUUUUUAUGGGUAUAUGGUGACUAAUAUUUUAGGUGGUGUAUUGGCAGAUAAAUAUGGUGGGAAAAGAGUUCUAGGAGGUUCACUACUCUCGGCAUCCAUCCUGACCAUUCUUCAUCCAAGUUUGUCUCGAAUUAGUGGUUAUCUUACUCUGAUUCUAAGGAUAUUAACUGGCGUCGUAUCGGGGCCAUUGUCCGCAGCAAUUCAAUCUUUAUUUGGACGCUGGGGACCUCCACAAGAGAAAGGAUUAUUAAUAGGGUUUGCAUUUGCUUGUCAAAUUCUAGGUAGCAUUGUAGGUCUUUCAAUAUCUGGUUUUCUUUGUGAUUAUGGCUUUGAUAAUGGAUGGGGUUCUAUAUUCUAUGUAUUUGGUGGCAUAUCGUUGGUGUUUAGUUGUGUGUGUUUUUAUGUUGUUUACGAUAAUCCAAACGGUCAUCCAACUAUCAGCGAAGAAGAACGUUCUUAUCUAAACAAAAGUAUAAAAUGUCGAAAUGUAGUUCAAAAAGUACCAUGGAAACAGUUAGUGUUAUCACCUGCUGUUUGGGCAAUCAACUUUGGUUUAUUUGCUUAUGCCUGGACAAGUAUAUCUUUCCAGGUAUUGCUCCCUCUAUAUAUGAAAGAAGCCUUACAGGUCAAUACAACGUCCAACGGUUUAAUGUCGUCUGCUCCUGCCAUUGGACAAAUCAUUGCUCUACCGUUGUGUGGAAGAUUUGCAGAUUUUAUACGCUCAAAGAAAUAUCUCUCAACUCGUUCUGUGCGUGUUUUAUUCCAGACUUUUUCCAUGGUGGCUUCAGCAAGUUUAUUGAUUGUAAUAGGAUUUCUCAGAUGUGAUCAAACCAUUCUAAUAAGUCUCCUCUUGUUUCUCAGUGGUAUAACAAUAUCAUUUUGCAGUGGUGGUGCCCUCGUCAGUAACACUGACAUUGCUCCAAGUUACGCUGGUGUUGUAUUUGGAAUUGCAAACACCUUUGCCUCAAUAGCAGGCAGCCUUGGUUCCGUGGCUGCAAAAUCUCUCACCCCGAACGGUACACAAGAAGAAUGGCAGAUCGUGUUUGCGUUGUGUGCUAUUAUAUGUGUAUCUGGUGCGAUAUUAUUUGCAAUAUUGGUAAAAACAGAGAUCCAAGACUGGGCGAAUUUGGAAGGAUCUAGUUCAUCUGUUUAUCCCAAAUAUACAAAGGGAAGUAAAGUACUAGAAGUGGAUUUUUGA